GCCUCGCGCACCCUCGAGACGCGCUCUCGAGCCCAAAGAUGUGCGCGUGAGGUGUGAGGGGGAAAAAAAAGAGGUAGGGGCGGGAAAAAUAAGGCGGGAUUUUGACAGGAGGAACUCAUAGACAGAGACACUGAGAGAGACACCGCCAGAGAGAAACACAGACACCGUGGUGAUGUCCUGAGGACCUUAAUAUAUCCGUAUACAAGGAGCAGGAGACGUUCAAGACUGUUUGAUGGGAUAAAAAAAGCACACCGAGAGAGGACAAGUUUGUCUCAUGUCCCGAGCAAUGGAUUGGUAUCGGAGCCGCUUAGUUUGCGGUCCACCGUCGAUUUGAGGUCUAAAGUAGUUUAAGGAUUUUCUAUUGGUAAUCUGUUUGUUUUCACAGAGGACCCUGGCUGGAGCGGAUACUUAACCCCAAAAAAGAAAAGGAAAAAGGAAAAAAAAAUGACUUUCCAACUAAGAAUUUGCCUCAGUUUUGCGUUAAUGGGAGUAACCUUAUCGGACCCCGAGCAUCCCAACCAAGUGGUUCUCCUGGACACCACAGCUGUAUUAGGAGAACUUGGGUGGAUGACCUACCCAGUAAAUGGGUGGGACGCCAUCACGGAGAUGGACGAGCAGAACCGGCCCAUUCACACCUUCCAGGUGUGCCACGUAAUGGAGCCGAACCAAAACAACUGGCUUCGCUCGAGCUGGAUCGCACGUCAGGAGGCGCAGAGGAUCUACGUCGAGCUGCGCUUUACCCUGCGCGACUGCAACAGCAUCCCGUGGGUAUCAGGAACGUGCAAAGAGACCUUUAACCUGCACUACCUGGAGACCGACGAGCCUCACAGCCACUUCCGGCCCUCCGACUACGCCAAGAUAGACACCAUCGCCGCCGACGAAAGCUUCACACAGACAGACGUUGGUGAACGAGUUCUCCGACUGAACACGGAGGUGCGCGAACUAGGGCCUGUGCACACCAAAGGUUUCUACCUGGCCUUCCAGGACGUCGGCGCGUGCAUCGCCCUGCUCUCGGUGCGCGUCUACUACAAGAAAUGUCCGUCUACGCUGAGGAACCUGGCUGCCUUCCCGGACACGGUGCCACGUGUCCACUCAUCUGCUCUGGUCGAGGUCAGGGGGGCGUGCGUGCUAAACGCCGAAGAGCGAGACACACCACGACUGUACUGCAGCGCCGACGGGGACUGGCUCGUCCCACUGGGCAAGUGCGUGUGCAGCGUCGGCUACGAAGAGACUGACGGCCUCUGUCUGGCCUGCACUGCUGGAUUCUACAAGGCCUUCGCCGGAAACAUCAAGUGCUCAAAGUGCCCUCCACACAGUCUCAGUCACUCCGAGGCGUCGGCGCUGUGCCACUGCGAGAAAGGCUACUAUAGAGCGGGCAAAGACCCGCCGAGCACCGCCUGCACACGACCACCUUCACCUCCACGUAACGUGGUGUACAUCAUGAACGAGACGGCUUUGUUCCUUCAGUGGGCUCCACCCAGCGACACGGGUGGCCGCAAGGACGUAACCUAUAACGUCCUGUGCCAGCGCUGCAGUGUGGAGAGCCAGGCCUGCCAGCCGUGCGACAGCGACGUGCGCUUCGUCCCUCCUCCCGUGGGCCUGACGCGCACCUCCGUAGCCGUGCAGGACUUUGUGGCCAAUGCUAACUACACGUUCCAGAUCGAGGCGGUUAAUGGUGUGUCGGGAAUGGGACGAGCGAUGAGACAGAUGGCCAACAUUACCAUCAGCACUGCGCAGGCUGGCCCAUCAUUGGUGGCAGCGUUGAAGAAGGACUGGGCCACUCAGAGCACCAUCGCUCUCUCGUGGCAGGAGGCCGAACAGCCUCACGCUACUAUUCUCGACUAUGAGAUCAAAUACUACGAAAAGGAGCAGGAGCAGUUGAGCUACUCGUCUACUCGCACCAAAGUCCCGAGCGCGAUCAUAACGGGCCUCAAGCCGUCUACAGUCUACGUUUUCCACAUCCGAGCUCGCACCGCGACUGGCUUCAGCAGCUACAGCUCCAAGUUUGAGAUGACCACAGGGGACGAUGACUCGGAGGAAGCGUCUGAUCAGGGCCAGGUGUUGGUGAUCGUGACCGCGGCAGUCGGAGGGUUUUCUCUGCUCGUCAUCCUCACGCUUUUCCUGCUCAUCACGGGCAGGUGCCAGUGGUACAUUAAAUCCAAGAUGAAGCCACAGGACAAGAGAAGAACGCAGUACCAGAAUGGACACGUGCCGUUCCCGGGAAUUAAGACCUACAUCGAUCCGGACACUUACGAGGAUCCGACUCAGGCUGUUCAUGACUUUGCAAAGGAGAUCGACCCGUCUCGGAUUCGUAUAGAGAGAGUCAUUGGAGCCGGAGAGUUUGGGGAAGUGUGUAGUGGCCGUCUCCGCACCCCAGGGAAGAAAGAGAUCCCCGUAGCCAUAAAGACCUUGAAGGGCGGCUACACAGAGCGUCAAAGGCGAGACUUCCUGCGAGAGGCAAGCAUCAUGGGACAGUUCGACAACCCCAACAUCAUCAGGCUGGAGGGCGUGGUCACGAAGAGCCGUCCUGUGAUGAUCGUGGUGGAGUACAUGGAGAAUGGCUCAUUGGACUCUUUUCUGAGGAAGCACGACGGACACUUCACCGUCAUCCAGCUGGUCGGUAUGCUGCGCGGCAUCGCCUCCGGUAUGAUGUACCUGUCCGACAUCGGAUACGUCCACCGGGACCUGGCAGCACGGAACAUUCUGGUGGAUGACAACCUGGUGUGUAAGGUGUCGGACUUCGGCCUGUCCAGGGUCCUGGAGGACGACCCAGAGGCAUCCUACACCACUACAGGAGGGAAGAUUCCCAUCCGUUGGACAGCUCCGGAGGCCAUCCAGUACAGGAAGUUUUCCUCAGCCAGCGAUGUCUGGAGCUACGGCAUUGUCAUGUGGGAAGUGAUGUCUUAUGGAGAGCGGCCAUACUGGGAGAUGUCCAAUCAGGAUGUGAUCCUGUCCAUAGAGGAGGGUUACAGGCUUCCAGCGCCCAUGGGCUGCCCCGUGGCUCUGCACCAGCUAAUGGUUCAUUGCUGGCAGAAGGAGCGCAGCAGGCGGCCUCGCUUCCAUGACAUCCUUAGCUUCCUGGACAAGCUCAUCCGCAAUCCCAGCAGCCUCCUCACACUGGUGGAGGAUGUCCACAGUUUACCAGAAUCCCCAGAAGACCUGCCUGACUAUCCUCUCUUUAUUUCCAUCGGCGACUGGCUGGACUCCAUCAAAAUGAGUCAGUACAAGAGCAACUUCAUAGCUGCAGGGUACACGACUCUGGAUUCCAUCUCCAGCAUGAGCAUCGACGACGUCAGGAGGAUUGGCGUGUCUCUGAUUGGCCACCAGAGGAGGAUAGUGAGCAGCAUACAGACACUGCGACUGCAAAUCCUGCACAUUCAACAGAGUGGCUUCCACGUAUGAGACGGACCGGCCCACACCAACACACACAAACAAACACACACACAUACACACAAAUACACAUGAACACACACGCAUACACAAAUAGUCAGGCCUGGGCUGUUUUACUAACCGCGAUGAGAGAACUUUCUCCAAACCUGGCCGUCGAAGGCUUCCAAACGAAAAAGCAAUCAAAGGGAGGGGGGGAAACAAAGAGUCUCUGGGAGAUGGACGAAACCAAUCAGGGUUGAAAAAAAAAACAAAAAACAUGGCGCUGUCGCUGUGCUACGGUGAUGUCAUCUGUCAGUCAUACACGAGUUCCGUGACUGGCUGGAUUCACAGUCGGAGAACUUCGAAAUAGUAGAUUUGCUAUUUUAAUGUAACAAAGUACGUGUCUUAAUAGAUAUUUAUCAUUUAUUUACUUCCAGGAACCAGAGAAGACGCUGAAUGUCGAGUGUGUCGAUUUGUAUACUGCUAUUUAACAUCGUUUAUCAUCUGAUAUUUAUGCUGGUAUUUAUAUGUAAAUGUGU